AUGUUGUUGAACGGUACCAAGAGGUUUAUAUCAAAGGUUGCGACACCAUCACUGUUGAACCGAUCAGUUGCAUCGGGAUCGGGUGUGAUCCAACAUUAUGCAACCAUCACACCAACACCUGGCCCGAACAAAGGUACAUCGGGUGGUCAACAGCAGCAACAACAGCAGAAUCAAUCAAACAACGACAACAAUAACAAUACAUCGUCAACAGGCAACUUUAAGAGAUAUUUGCUAUUGACUACAGCUGCUGCGAUUGUAGGAGGUGGAGCAUACGUAUACUUUGAAUACCUAAAGAAUGAGGACUUUAUGUUCUCAGGCGCCCUGCCAUCAGUGCCCAAAGAGGCCAUGGACAAGUACAAAGAGAUGCACUCAAUGUUAAGAGAAAGUGGAUCAUCAUCAUCAUCACCAUCAUCAACAACAACAACAGAGCAAGCCAUUGAGAAACCAAUCAAAUCAAUUGUUGCACCAGUUAUUGCUGCAGCUACUACAGCAGUGGCAGCAGCUGUGGAGUCCACACAACAUCCAACAACAACAACUGAAUCAUCGACAGAGAAGAAGCAACAGACAUUGGAUACAAAGAAGAAAUACUCUGAUGACAUUGUCACUGAUGAGCAUCAGAUUGAAUGCCGAGGCCAGGAGUCUGUUCUCAUUCAACCAACUACAACCUCAUUGCCAGGCUUAGAGGUGGCGCACACUCAUGUGUCGGAUUCAUCCUCCACCCCCGCUGCCACUACCACCACAAUCGCCUCUGCACAUGAUCCAGUAUCUGAUGCAGUGACCACUGCCGACGUCAUUGUUCAUCGCAUUGAUGAUAAGCUGGCCACUAUCGAGAGUGCAAUUGGUGAGGCUGUUAAGAAUGUCACUCAUCCAGAAAGGAUAGAGUCUACUGCCAACUCAGCAGCUGAGGUCCUUAAGACUCCUGUGCACUCAGAGGAGGUGGUAUCCGUUGUGGAGACACCUGUCAACAUUGACACAUCAUCAUCCGAGUCAUCCAAUACCAUAACAACCAUCCCAAUAGAGACUGCCGAGGCAGCAGUGGCAGCAGCUGCAACAACAGCGGCGGCAACUGCAUCAGCAUUGUCAUCAGUGGCAUCAAACGAUGCGACUGAGGCCGCACUCAAGUUAUUGGAGCAACAGUACAUCAAUCAGAUCAAGAUGUUGUUACAAGAGAAUAUAAAGCUAAAGGAUGAGAUUGAAUUGUUGAAGAACAGCGAGGAAUCAUUCGCUCAGAUGACUGAGCAGAAGCUGAGAAAGCUGUAUGAGGACAAGGUGGAGAAUAAUCUGCGCGAGUUGACCGAUGACACGCUGAAGAAGUUGCAAGAGAUGGAGACCACGUUCAAGGACAAUCUGGACCAGAACUACCAGACAAUGGUGGCUAGUGUUCAGAGACAGCGCGACAACCUCACACAGAUAUUCACCAGCCAGCAAAAGGCGAUUCAGAGUGGCGAGCUUGAGAAGAAGUUGGUCAGCACAAUGACACUCACAUUGGUCGAGCUCAAGAAGGUCAUGAACAAGGUUGUACCAACACCCUUUGUCCAGCAAUAUGCCACGCUCAAGGAGCUAGCCAAGUCUGACGACCUGCUCAAUUCACUGCUUCGCAACUUCCCCGCCGACAUCCAAAACAAGGGUGUCGCCAGUCUGCAUCAGUUGAAGGAGCAGUUCCAUCAAAUUUCACCAAAGGUGCGCGAGAUUGAUCUUCUGCCCGACGACACAUCGAUCAUUGGCAGAGCCUUGUCAAUGGUGGCCUCCAAGCUUAUUCUGCCUGAGAAGGGCAUGGUCAAGGGCACAGACACUGGCUCCACACUGGCUCGUGCUGAGGAGUUCCUCAAGCAGGGCAACCUGACCAGCGCUGUCAAGGAGAUGGAGUCGAUCGCCAAGAGAAACCCACAAAUCGAGGAGUUGACCCACGAGUGGAUAGCCACUGCCAGGAAUCGUGUUGCCGUCGAGGACAUGGUCAAGUUGUUGGAGGUGAAGCUCAAGCAGGUGUCUACAGAGAUCAAGGGAUCAUCUUCAAGCAAAUAG